CAGGCAGGAAGUAAGAGAAGUGUCAGAGAUGAACAUUAUUCAGCUCUCCCGCUCGGCACACUGCUGCAUGUGGGUUGGGUAGUGUCCACCGUUUAACAGGAAAGAGACGCUUUUUACAAAAAACCUAUUUAUGACCCUAUCACCUUGUAAUUAAACCUGCCAGAUAGAUCAAGAUGGAUGACAUAGACGCUAUGUUCAGUGAUAUGCUGCAGGAGAUGGAUCUCCUAACACAGAGUCUGGGGACAGAAGCAGAGUCUUUACCUCAGCAUAAUCCUCCCAGCAUUCCUGCCCCUCAGGAAAUGAACUUUUCCAUUGGUUUCGCAGAUUUCAAUGCGUCCCUGCAUGAUCUGGAGGACAAUGAUCUGGAUGCUUUGAUGGCUGAUCUGGUGGCAGAUAUUAGUGCCACAGAAGAGAAGUUUGCCACAGAGAGAGAGGUCCCAAAGGGCACAGCACCGGUUCCCCCUCCGCCUGUACAACCUCUGAGUAACUACAGCCUCCUCACAUUCACUGACACUCCGAAACCUACAACUUCCUCCACCUCCAUCACAGCUCCGCCCCCUCCUCCCUCCUUCAAACCAUCAAAAGAGGAUCUAGAAGAACAGAUGAAAGCAGAUAAGAUCAAACUUGCCUUGGAGAAGCUAAAAGAGGCCAAAGUGAAAAAGUUGGUUGUGAAGGUGGAGCUUAUAGACGGCAGCUCAAAAACUCUUAUGGUUGAUGAAAGACAAACGGUCCGAGAUGUGAUGGACAACCUGUUUGAGAAAACACACUGUGACUGCAACAUAGACUGGUGUGUGUGUGAGACCAACCCCGACUUACAGACCGAACGGGGUUUUGAGGAUCACGAGAACCUGGUGGACCCUCUGUCUACAUGGACACGAGACAGUGAAAACAAAGUGCUUUUUAAGGAGAGAAAACACAAGUAUGAAGUGUUCAGAAACCCUCAGAUUUUUUAUUUGUGGAAAAAGGACAAAAAAUCUAUAAUGGACAUGAAAGAAAAAGACAAAGAACAGCUCCUGGAGGAGAACUUCUGUGGACCCUCGGUCAUUGUGCCUGACCUGGAGGGGGUUCUGUUUCUGAAGGAGGACGGAAAGAAAUCUUGGAAACAGCGAUACUUCCUGCUACGCGCCUCCGGAUUGUAUUACUCACCUAAAGGCAAGACCAAGGCAUCACAGGACCUUGUGUGCUUAGUGCAGUUUGACAAUGUGAACGUGUACUUGUGCAAGGAAUAUAAAAAUAAAUACAAGGCACCCACAGACCACUGCUUCAUGCUAAAGCAUCCUCAGAUUCAAAAAGAAUCACAAUACAUCAAAUACUUUUGUUGUGAUGAUGGCUGGAUCAUGACCCUGUGGGUGACUGGAAUAAGGAUUGCCAAGUAUGGCAAGCAGUUAUACGACAACUACAAAGACGCUGCAAAGAAAGCCACGGCUUCCACAACCUGGGCUACCCGCAUCAUCCAGGCCAGCCCAUCCUCAUCCAGUUCAUCCACACCCUCACCUACACCUAAAGUGAAAGCCACAAAUGGACACGCUUCUCAGCCCUCAGAUGAGAACAAGGGACAUGACAAGCAAGCAUCAUUUCCACCACCUCCACCUUCAACAGAUUUUCUGCCGCCUCCACCUCCCGCCCCUAUGGUUCCUGCUCCACCUUCUCCUGCUCCCAUCGCAACCAAAAGCAACAAGUUUCCUCCCCCCCCUCAGUUCCCACAAUCCUUCUUGCCGCCUCCACCCAUGGAUGACUUGCCUCUUCCGCCUCCUCCUCCAGAAGAACUUGAGCUUCCCCCUGACUUUCUGCCUCCACCACCACCUAGUUUUGCAUCUCACAGGGCAGAAGCUCUUCCGCCUCCUCCCCCAGAUCCCGUGGCCUUUAUUCCACCACCUCCCCCUGCUCCUCAAAACUCUGUAUCUGUAGGAGGAGCUCCACCACCUCCCCCUCCACCUCUUCCACCAGCUGCUGUCAAACCCACUGGUUCUGUCAGGAAAGUGGCUCCGCCUCCACCAAAGAGAACCACACCACAGCUAGCAGCGCCCUCGGGUGGCGACUUCAUGUCAGAACUGAUGACAGCCAUGCAGAAAAAACGUCCUUAACAAUGAACUUGAGAAAUCAAAGCUAAUCAAAUUUGUAUUUGGUUGUUGGACUGAGGAACAGAAUUUUUUGGUGUUGUGUUAAAACAUUGGCUCAUUUACUUUUGUGGUUAUAUAACAUUAUAUUGUUAUUACGUUAUAUAACGCAUAAACAUGUAAAUAUUGCAUUUUCUAUUAAUACUGUCAGAUUCUAUACUGUUAAAAUAAUAGUAAUGCUAUUUUCUCCACGGAUGGUUUUAAGCAUUUAAAAUGUCAAUAAAUAAGGUUUUGGAAGUUAAACAUGUUGAUUUCUUUUUACAAUUGAAUGGUCUGAAGAUUUAACGUCUAACUAUUGGAAGAA